AUGCAUAUAGGUAAGUCAUGGGAAGACGAAUAUCCAUUCAUCAAGCCGGCAAGCUCUUUCUUAGGUGGCCAUGACUACGAUUACAUCAUUGUUGGUGGUGGCACUGUCGGUUGCCCUUUAGCAGCCACCCUUUCUCAAAACUUCCGUGUUUUGUUGCUAGAAAGAGGAGAUGUUCCAUUUGAUAACGUUAACAUCUCAUAUUUCGACAACAUGGUCUAUAACUUGAUGGAUACGUCACCUAAAUCCGCAUCUCAAGCUUUUGUUUCAACCGAUGGUGUUCCAAACUACAGGGCUAAGGUCUUAGGCGGGGGAACAUGCAUCAAUGCUGGCUUCUAUAGUAGGGCCAGCACAAGGUUUAUUGAGGAAGCAGGUUGGGAUGUUGAACUUGCACACAAUUCAUAUGCAUGGAUUGAAAGGCAAAUUGUUCAUCAACCAAAACUCAAAAGAUUUCAAAGGACAUUUCUAAAUGGGCUUCUUGAAUCUGGUGUCCUGCCAUUCAAUGGAGUUACCAAUGACCAUCUUUAUGGAACCAAGAUUACUGGAACAAUUUUUGACGAGCGCAAUUAUCGUUAUACUGCAGCGAACUUGCUUACAUCUGGAAAGCCCGGAAAUCUUGAGGUUCUAAUCCAUGCCACUGUUCAAAAACUUCUAUUUACUAAAAUUGGGAAUAGAUUACAUGUAACUGGAGUAGAGUUUGAAGAUGAAAAUUGGAAUCAACAUCAAGUGUUCUUAUCAAAAGGGACAAAGAGUGAAAUAAUAUUGUCAAGUGGGACAAUUGGUAGCACUCAAAUAUUACUUCUAAGUGGUAUUGGACCUAGUGAUGAACUUUUAAAAUUGAACAUAUCAAUGGUGCUAGAAAAUGGUUUUGUUGGGAAAAGCUUGUCUGAUUGCUCAACCAACUAUGCCCUGGUUCAAAGUGAAGGAAACGUUGACAUAACGCCUCCCCAAGUUGUUGGAAUUCCAAAGGAAGGCGUGUAUAUAGAAGCUUUUGGUGGACUCACUUUCCCGGGAAAAGUCAUUCGUUUUGGUGAAAAACACAAUUCAACUCAGAGAACACGACAAACAAGACUUGACGUCAAAAAUGGACUAAAUGAAAUAUCUUUUAAGAAAGAACUAAUGGGAGGUUAUGUUCUUACAAAAGUUAUCAAACCAAUUUCAAGAGGGCAAAUGAAUUUGAUCAGCAAUAGUGUAUAUGACCAACCCUUGGUUACCUUCAAUUACUAUAGCAGCCAGAAAGAUUUAACAGUAUGCGUGAGUGGCUUACAGUUGAUAAGAAAGAUCAUAAAAUCUAACUCUUUCAAAAACAUCACCAACAUUAAUCACAAAGAGUUAGGGGGAACAACUCUAGUUGAUGAUGAAGAUUCCUUAAAGAAGUUGUGCAAGGAAACUGUGCGCACAAUUUAUCACUACCAUGGUGGUUGCAAUGUGGGUCGUGUGGUGAACAAUGAAUACAAGGUCUAUGGCGUCGAUAGGCUUAGGGUUAUUGACGGUUCAAUAUUUAAUGAAUCACCCGGAACUAAUCCUCAAGCCACGUUAAUGAUGAUUGGAAGGUACAUGGGAAUCAAGAUUCUAACAAACAGACUUGGGAAUAAUGCAGAUGGUAUAUGA